AUGCUGGCUUCGGAUCAGGAUAUGGGAACAGAGAACAGUUACUGGAUCGAAGAGGCACCUGAGUGUGUGGAAGAACAGGCCGCGGAGGACAGACGCUGGAUUGACCCCCGUAGCCCCUUUGAUGGAAGUGCAAAUCCACAACAUGGGCAAGAUAUUGAAAUAAAUGUGGAUGUUGCUGAAGGCCAAAGGAGUAUUGGAGGAAGUAAGCUGUGUGGGGAAACAGCAUGUGGACUUUCGAACGCUGGUAAUAGCUCUAAAGAUGCUGAAGAAAGAUCGGCUUCAAUGCGCAAGCUUUUCAUUGCCGUGGCGCUUUGCAUCAUCUUCAUGAGUGUAGAAGUAGUGGGAGGCAUCAAAGCCAAUAGUCUAGCAAUAUUAACCGAUGCAGCACAUUUGCUUUCAGAUGUGGCAGCUUUUGCCAUCUCCUUGUUUUCAUUAUGGGCAGCCGGCUGGGAAACCAAUCGCCGUCAAUCGUAUGGAUUUUUUAGGAUUGAGAUCCUUGGGGCCUUGGUCUCAAUCCAAAUGAUAUGGUUGCUUGCAGGAAUUUUAGUUUAUGAAGCCAUUGUUAGACUCAUUAAUGACACAGGUGAGGUGUAUGGAUUUCUAAUGUUUGUCGUUGCUGCUUUCGGACUAGUGGUUAAUAUAAUCAUGGCUCUAUUAUUGGGACAUGAUCACGGUCAUGGUCAUGAUCACUGCCAUAGUGAUCACAGUCAUGGAGUGAGCAUUACCACACACCAUCACGAGGGACACGCCACAGGAGAACACCACCAUCGUCCUGAGGAGCACUCCAAGACUGAGCACCACCAUCAUCAUGAUGGGACAGAGCACACUAAACAUGAGGGGCACCACCAUGUUCACAAAGAACAGACAGAACCUCUGCUUGAUAAGCCGAAGAAGAAGAAAUGGAUGAAUAUAAAUGUCCAGGGAGCUUAUCUUCACGUACUGGGGGAUUCCAUCCAAAGUAUCGGAGUGAUGAUUGGAGGAGCAAUCAUAUGGUAUAAGCCUGAAUGGAAAAUAGUUGAUCUGAUUUGCACACUAAUAUUUGCAGUAAUUGUUUUGGGGACUACCAUAAGAAUGUUGCGCAGCAUACUCGAAGUGCUGAUGGAGAGCACACCUCGAGAGAUUGACGCAACAAAGCUAGAAACGGGGCUGCUGGAAAUGGGGGAUGUGGUUGCUGUUCACGAGCUGCAUAUAUGGGCCAUUACUGUGGGGAAGGUUCUGUUGGCUUGCCAUGUUAAAAUCGCACCAGAAGCUGAUGCAGACAAGGUCUUAGACAACGUAAUCGAAUACAUCAGAAGGGAGUAUAAUAUCAGUCAUGUUACCAUUCAGGUUGAGCGUUAAAUGAAAGAGAAUAAUACAGAGCAUGCAUGGGUCUCACUGUUAUAUAUAUGUAAUUGCCAUGUAGAUUAGCUUGUGAUUCUCUAUCUAGAGGUUUGUAUCCAAUGUAUAGUCGGUAUGUAUUCUGUAAAUUUCUGUUUCAUGAACCAUCUAUUUUGGACCA